AUCACGUGACCGGCGCUUUUGAAAUAAGCCUUGAAGCGCCCCUGUGUUCCGAAUGAUUGAAACUUCAGUAUCGAGCGGCCCAACUACAAGCAACCUAUCACUAGUUCUGAGACCAUCACGGUCCAACUUCUUCACGGCAACAAGAUCAAGCAAAGGUGCGGAAGGGCUUUCCCAUUUCACUUUUCCAUACACUGAGGUGUCUAAUGGCCUCCAGCUCAGGGCUGUCCAUGUGAGAAGGGAAUCUGAGAAGAGAAGGGCAGACACUUAUAGAGACAGAAGAGUUUCCCACAGAGCAUGGCCUCUGCCAAAGAAGAUAGCGUGAAUGAAAGAAUGGUGGACAUUAAAGAAGAGGAGUGUGAGUGGCUUACACCAGAGGAUGUGUGUGUAAAGCUGGAGGUUCACGAAGAAAGAAUUUCAGUUUUUAAAGAGGAGGAGGAGUGCAAGGGUGUGACUACUGCCAUUAAAGCUGAGGAUUUGAAUGAUUUCUCCAUUGGUCUUGAACUUCAAAAGCAUGAAAUUGAGUAUAUUUUCAAGCAAGAUGUCUGUGAUGAAUCACCAUCCAGUUUACAGCCCUGGUCCACUAAUAGGAGACGACUGGCUAUGCAGGAGAAUUCUGUAGAGCUGAAAUCGGAGUUAUCGGAGUCUGAAGAGAAAAUGACUAAGGGAAAUGGGAGAGAAGGAGAAGAGUCACCUGGGAGUGUUGGAAUAAAUUUACAAAAAAAUGGCAGCUUCUCUCCACCUUCAUUUGGUCAGCUCUCUUUUCAAUACAAAGAGAAAGGUAUGAAGAAAUCAGCAAGAGGAUCAGAGAACCUGACAGCAGCCUUUUUGCAGUGCAGUUCUCUCCCUGCUGCUGGAGUAACACAGACAGAAGCCAUCAAAACUGAUCAACAGCAAGUGGAGAAAGAAAUCCAAAUUCACACUGGAAAAAAAUGUUGUUUGGAAUGUGGCAAACAAUUUAAACACAAAAGUGAUCUUAGUAGGCAUAUGAAGAUUCACACUGGAGAAAAAUCUCAUUGCUGUUCAGAAUGUGGUAAGUUGUUCUUACAAAGAAGCUGUCUUCAGAACCACAGAAGAAUACACACUGGAGAAAAACCUCAUUGCUGUCCAGAAUGUGGUAAUUUGUUCUUAAGUAAAAGCAAUCUUCAGAGAUAA